AUACAUAUACACACAUACACUCAUAGAAAGCCGACACACUAAUACAAACGGACUGACGGUUAAGAUUUAAACCUGGAGCGAGACACCUUCUCUGCCAUUAUGCUUUUCUUCUAUCUCUUGUCAUUGGCUGUGGACAGUGUUUCUGCUAUCAACCGACAUUACUAUUUGGCAGCGACAGAGGUGGAUUGGGACUACGCUCCACUUGGAUACGAUGUGACGGCAACUAACGCCACGGAUGCGGGAAUAUUUUUAAAACAUGGCACAAACCGUAUAGGGCACAUUUACAAGAAAGCUAUUUAUAAAGAAUACACAGAUGAUACGUUUUCCGUGGAACGAACCAAACCAGGCUGGCUUGGAAUUGUGGGGCCGAUUCUUCAUGGAGAACUUGGAGAUACUAUUUAUGUUCAUUUCUGGAACCGAGCCAGACGCCAUUAUUCUGUCCACCCUCACGGUAUACGAUAUACCAAAGGGAAUGAAGGAGCACUUUAUCUGGACAAAACUUAUGGGCCGAAAAAAGUUGACGAUAUGGUACCACCUGGUGAACGCUAUCUGUAUGCUUGGAAUAUCACAGAGAAUUUCGCCCCUGCCAGAGAUGAUGAGAAUUGUAUAGCCUGGGCCUACCACUCGCACGUCCUAACCACAAGGGAUACGAACACCGGACUUAUUGGUCCGCUCAUUACAUGCAAAGCAGGUGUACUGGACGCCGACGGAAACCGACGUGAUGUGAAACAAGAAUUCGUGUUACUGGCUAAAGUAUUUGACGAGAACAAAAGCUGGUAUCUCAGGGACAACCUGAAGAAAUGUGGCAAUCCAAAGUCCUGCUAUACCGAACAUCGAUCCCACGACCCUGAUUUUAUACAGUCCAACCUACUAUAUGCCAUCAAUGGAUAUACCUUUGGCAACGGACCCGAUUUUUCUACCUGCACCGGAACCACUAUAGCCUGGCACAUCAUGGGCAUGGGAAGUAACUCAGAUUUGCAUUCGAUUCAUAUUGAAGGACAAGUUUUCCAGAAAGAUCAACAUACAUUAGACACCAUUCGAGUGGCACCAGCCGUGUUUAAAACAUCACCUAUGCGUGUUUCUCAAUACCCAGGAUCAUGGCUCAUUAACUGCCAAAUUGCACAUCAUUUCACAAGUGGAAUGUUGGCCUAUUUGAACAGUCAAAAGUGUGAGUCUGACUGGCCACACGACAGUCUAACCAGCCAUUCACCAGUUAGUCGGACUUACUUCCUGUCUGUCGAGGAAGUUGUAUGGGAUUAUGCCCCGUCUGGAAUGGAUCUCUUUCUGGGAGGUCGACUGGAUCGUAAUGGAAG